AUGAAAUUUUAUUGGAACUAUGUGGUCACACCUGUCGUGAUUAAUAUUCUUGCAGCAAUUAUUCGAGUUUCCCUCAUAUCAUUCUCAUGGAAUCUAAUGUCCUGGUGGGCACGUCGAUUUGGAGUAAUUCGCAUGACAGCAUCAUUCCAUUUGGCUCCGUUUCGAACAGUUAUGACGCUUUUAACACGGGGUAGAAGCCUAUUCACCUCACCCUAUGCAAAUGAAAAAGUACAUAGUGAAAUGGAAAGGCGACGAAGAAAACUACGCGAAAAACCAUCUGCAGCCAAAACAACAGCAGCAAUUGGAGGAACAAUAUGCUUGUUGAUCAUAUCCAUAUGUGCUCAAGCUACUGAUGUCCUGUUUUCCAAAUUCAUCAAGACGGAUCAGGGAUUGUAUCCAAGAGCUAUUGUUGAUCCCAGCAUUGCUGGAAACAUGAGCUUCACUGUACCCAGCAUUGGAAUUAAUUUGACAUAUUCCGAAUUAAGAGAUUACUGCAAUCCCAAAACUGGGAUUUUGGUAUGUCCUACGGUUGGUCCAUGGUGGGAUAACUCAUAUGCUUUGAUGAUUUCCACCAGUUUGCUCAACUCCACUGCUCCAGCAACUAUCGCGCCGGUGGAUAUACGUAACAACUUUGUAUGGAAUGUUACUGGACUAACCAUGCGUUCCAUCACCCUCAAUAGUGUUACAUAUCAAAUCCCCCAAUGCUCUCUUGCUGCCAUCCAAACUACAGUGAAUUCAAGUUUUGGUGCGCUUCAGGAGAUGCCUAUUGAAAUUCCUUUGGUGGAUUCGCAUGGCAUUCUACCCAUUUCGCCAACGAGUAUAUUUCAACAGCAAAUCUGGACAUCUGCAGUCAACACUACUGGAAAUAACUCGACACCCAUGAUUGCAGAAAGCAAAGUUGAUUUUGAUUUUCCAUUCGAUAAUGGUACGUUUGGGGAAGAUCCCGCAAUGUUUUUUGGGUUCGGGGCAUCACAAUCUGGUAAAAACAUUGCAAACUGGAACUCCAUGUUAAUCCAGCAAACCAAUUUGAUUGGUCCUGCUGUUGUUUUACGGCCCGGAAAUACUUCGCAGGUGAAAGUUAGUCCAUAUGCACCACAAAGUUUAUCAUCACAGAAUACAACAUUCAAUUCCUCCGUUGCUUCAGGAAACAAUACAGCGGGAGCAACGUGGUUGAAUGCAACUGCAUACGGUGGUGCUUUGUGUGCCAAGGCCAAUCUUCGUAACGGAUCUACCUACGAAAUGAUUUUUAUCAUGGCAUCCAACACAACAGGCGUAACAGUUAAUCCAGCCUCGACAUUACCAUCAAACACACUCCAUUACUUACGUGGGAUGGUUUGGGACAUAAACAAUGUUGGUGCAAAUCCAUCACCCAUGUAUAUCAUAUCCAAGUCAAUCUUGUUUACUGAAGUCAUGCCGUGUCGAAUUUAUGAUGCUGGACUUGGAAUAGACUAUGCUACCAAUUCAUUCACAUAUCUCAUAUCGAGAUGCACUGUAUCCGGGUUAUGCAGAUCUCCAACGAUUAUAUCUGUUCCGCGUACUUUACAGCCCAUACUCUCUUAUAACUUUGCACCAACUAUAUACAAUAUGCGCAACGCAACUGUCGCGGCAGAUAAUGGCACAUCUUUGCAGCAACAAACUGCUUUUAAUUUUUAUAUCCGAUACACCUCUACAACUGGUGCUAAUGUUCAUCUAGCCCAACUUUGGAUGCAUGAACCAGAGCAAACGAUGCCGGGUGUAUGCUCUGCUACAAGCCAGUGUGACGGCUCGAUUCUGCCCGUAUGGGUAGGAAUAGUGAUCAUCAUCCUUCUCAUCCUAACCGAAGUUUCAUCACAGCUGAUUGAAGAGUUAUUGGACAUUAUCAUUUUUGGAUUUUUAUCAACCACUGGACCUUAUUUACUAUCACUUGGUCCAGCUGUGUUUUCAUACGAUUCAAUAUUUUUGUCGAUAUUGACCAACACCAAGGCAUAUGUUGGUGUACAGCCAGUUGGGCAAUAUACCGCUAGUUUUCAUGUCGUGCAUGAGGGAAUCAUGGGUGAUGGAUUGUCGAAAGCCAAUUCCAAAUCAAUCGAUCAUUUGUCAAAUCCCAACUCUCGUCGACCAUUGGUCAUUUAUCGAGUCAAGGAUGCUGUAAAAUUAGCAGAAAAAGACAAAGUUCAACUCAAAGUAUAA